GCCCUAACCCGCCCCCCAACGCCUCGCCCUCUCAGUCGCCGCCGCCGCCUCCCUUCCCCGGGCUCGUCCGCGACCCCCUUUCCCCCGCUGCCGUCCCCGCCGCAUCCCCCCGGCCAGCUGGGCGGGGACCGCUCGCUGUGCGGCUCUGUGAAGUCUGUGAGUCACCGCACAGCCCAUCCAUCCCGUUACAUGUCCAGAGCGAGCUGAGCGGGCGGUGCCGCCGCCGCCGCCGCCCCUGGUCGCGCCGCCGCCGCCGCCCCUGGUCGCCCCGCCGCGGCCGCCCCUGCUCGCAGCGCCCCUCUGAUCCAUGGCUGUCUGUCUGUACUGGUUACGGUGUAACCUCCUCCUCCUCCGCCUCCCUCCUCUCCUCCUCCUCCUCCUCCUCCUUCUCCUCCUUCUCCUCCUCCUCAGGAGCCGCUGCAACUUCCCCUCAGCCAGCCUCCUCCUCAGCUCGGGGACCGCAAAGGCAUGGGAUAGACCCAGAGCGACUCGGGUCUCCCCUCCAGCCCUCGCUCCGUCCCCCGCUUUGAAUUAAAAGUCUGUUCCUCGCUCCUCCUCGUCGUUUUGGAGAUUUAUUUAUAUCAGCCUUGUUACUCUCCCCUGGGGAUUUUAUUUUCCCUCUCUGGGGCAGGGGGUCGCAGGGGACCCAGAGUUUAUUUUAGGGACGGGGGCCCUCCACCUCCUCCCCCCUCCCUCCCCCGCCACGUUUCUCCUUUUUCUCCGGCCGUGACUCGGUUUCCCCGCUCCUGUCGGCUCCCGCCGCCCGGACUCUCCUGCCCGCGAGGGACGCCCGGCACCCCCGACCGCAGCCCAGACGCCCCCUCCGCGCUGCCACCCCGACCCGUCUCGGCGCUGGACCCAGCGGCGCGACUUCUCCGCGGAAGGGUGCCCUGUUUGACAUGGCUACACAGAAGAAGAAAAGAAAAACGGAAGACGAAAACCGUGAAUUUAAAGUUGAAUGGACCGAGACUUUCGCGUUUACUCAAAACUUAAAUGGCCUUCCGACCUGUCUUAUUUGUCAGAAAAAAUUGGCCCAUAACAAGAAAUCAAAUGUGGAGAGACACUUUGCAACUAAACACGUGUCAUUUAGUACUAAAUAUCCUGUCGGUGAUGCAAGGAAGAAAGCAGUUGAGGAACUUCAGAAGCGUCAAGAAACACCAAUUUCUGUAUCUAAUUACCAGAAGCAAUCUUCCAACAAUGUUAAUAUUGCAAGUUUUGUCGUUAGUCAGGAGAUUGCUAAGAGAGGAAAACCAUAUACAGACGGUGAAUACAUAAAAAGUUGUUUUAUAAAUGCAUCCGAAGAGCUAUUUCGGGAUUUUAUGAACAAAGCAGAUAUUCUAAAAAAAAUUAAAGAGUUACCAUUGUCUGCUAAAACAGUGAAAGAUAGAAUAUUCAAAAUGUCUUCAAAUAUAACCGACCAGCAAGCCGAAGAUCUUAAAUUGGUUUCAGCUUUAUCAAUAGCAGUUGAUGAGUCUUGUGAUAUAAAUGAUACCGCUGUUUCACUUUUUGUACGAUUUAUUUCACCUACAGGGCCUAAAGAAGAACUUUUAGGAUUAUUGCCACUCAAAGGUCAAACACGUGGAGAGGAUAUAGCAAAUGCUGUAAUUGAGUGCAUUGAAAAACAUCAUAUUCCGCUAGAUAAAAUUGUCUCAGUUUCAACAGAUGGGGGGAAUAGUAUGACCGACAUAAGAAACGGGUUUGUUGCUAUUUUGAAAGAAAAAAUUAAUCAUGAGAUACUUACUUACCAUUGCAUCAUUCAUCAAGAAGCGCUAUGUGUGCAGACAUUUCCAGAAGAAAUUUGCAAAGUUAUGGAAUUGGUGAUUAACAUUAUCAGCUCCAUUAUAGCUAAAGCACUUAAUCAUCGACAAUUUGAAGAAUUUAUAUUUGAAAUGGAGAGUGAGUAUGCAGAUCUGCUGCUGCAUAACAAGGUACGGUGGUUAUCAAGAGGAAACGUUUUGAAACAUUUCGCUUCCUUAUUAACAGAAAUUAAAGCGUUUCUCCUUGAGAAGGGUGUUCACUAUCCAGAACUAAUGAACGAUCAGUGGAUCCAAAAAUUUUAUUUCAUGGUAGACGUUACGUCUCAUCUAAAUCAGCUUAAUCAUAAACUACAGGGGAAAGGAAACACAAUUUUUUCGAUGUUAGAAGAAGUUACUUCAUUCGAACACAAAUUAUCUCUUUUUGCUCAAGAUUUUGAAAGGGAAACUUUGAUUCACUUCCCAAGCCUGUUGAAACAUCGCCAAGAAAAUAAUUCUGAUAUUGACAUUUGCUAUUUCAAAACAACACUUUUAAAUAUGAGGGAAGCUUUUCUCAACAGGUUUCAGGAAUUCAGAGACAGCAAAGCGACAUUAGCCUUUGUUAGAAAACCUCUUACUGCUAGUGUAACAGAAUUAAAUUUUUCUCCCUUUGAUAUCGACAUUGGCAACUUUGAAAUGCAAUUGCUGGAUUUAAAAAACAAGGAAUUGUGGAGCUCGAAAUUUGAACGUCUUUGUGCUGAUAUGGAAAUAUUGGAGAAAAACAAAUGUGAACUUAGUUCGCAGCACAAGUGGUCUGCUUUGAAAGACCUGGAGAAGGAAGAUGUGCUGAUUUUUAACACCUGGAAUAGUAUUCCUGACUCAUAUGACCAACUGAAAAAACUAGCGUUUGCUGUUCUUUCCUUAUUCGGGUCUACAUAUUUAUGCGAACAAUCAUUUUCAAGCAUGAACCUUAUCAAGAGUAGAGUGAGAGGUCGUCUUAUUGAUGAGAACCUGUUAUCGUGCCUAAAAUUAAAAACAACAACAUACAAACCUGACUUACCCAAACUUUCCAAGGAGAUGCAAGGCCAUUGUUCACAUUAGUGUUUGUCAGUCAUUGUCAUGAUUUAAUUUUAUGGAUAUUGUAAGGUAAAUUGCAAGGAAUUUGAUAAAUAAAUAAUAUCGUUAUUAAGUAUGAUAUCAAGUUUUAUUCAACGUACCUAUAGUUUAAAGAUUUAAAACUUUAAGUAAAGUUUAUUAAGUUAAUUUUAGGGAAUGUUGUGGAGUGAAAGAAGAUGUAGUGUGGAGGGUUGAGAAAGGUAUGUUGAGAUGGUUUGGACAUAUAGAGAGGAUAAACGGAAGGAGAUAGACGAAACAAGUAUACAAGACGAGUGUGCAUGGGAGAGUUGGAAGAAGUUGACCUUGGCGAAAGUACCUCAAUCAGACUGAGAACUUUUUUUUAGCAAAGGCCAGCUUAGGAGUACCCUCAUUAAGUUAAUAACAAUGUACCUACCUAUAUAGUUUAAGUUAAAAAAAUUUGGCUCUCAAAAGAAAUUUCAAUCGUUGUACUGUUGAUAGUUGGCUCUGUUGACUAAUGAGUUUGCCGUCCACUGGUCUAGGCUAAUCAUUUUUUUUUUUUUUUAAAGUGACAUUUACCUUUGUUAAAUGUUAGUGAACCUGAAUAAAGAAAAACAUUUUUGGAUGUUAUAAGCCCUGUGUUUCACAACCAGGGUCCAAUUCCGUAAAUAUUUUUCUCAUUAGUUCCUACCAGGAUAUUAUUUCUAAGAUUUAGGUCUCAAUCCAAGUCUUUUUACAAGUGAAAUGUAACAGAGAUCUAAGAAAUGAGUGUACUAAUUACAUUUUUCCUGAUGCAUUUAAAAUAGAGCAGUCUAAUUAUAAGCAACCCCUACACACAAAAAGUUCUCAAUCUGAUUGAGGUACGUUCGCCGAGGUAUACUUCUUCCAACUCUCCCAUCCAUACUCCUCUUGCCCCAGUUUUCCCCUUCUAACCAGGCCUGAUGCUGCUGCCAUGAAGGUAUUGUCAGUGCUCAUAGAGAAUCUGAGGGUCAGAGUGGAGGAAGGACCAGGGGCGUAGACCCCAGCCAUAGGGCCCAUCUGGUCGUACUGGCAGUUUCCUGUCCUCCUGUCCACUGCCAGAGCUCUUUUUAUUAUUUAUCCUUGACAAGGGCCAUGGAGCAGAGUAACAAGUGCAGGAUAGCAAGUCUCCUUUAACACAUAGCAAGGAGGAUAAGAACAUGAGUUUGGAAUCGGACACUUCAGACUUGGUAUUGGGUGUUGCCACUUCCUAGCUGUCUAACCUUGGGGCAGGUCAAGUCUAUUUUCUCUUUUGUGAAUGAGAAUAAUUGUACCUACCUCCCAGGGUCACUCAAGGAUUAACUUGACCUGUAGACAUGUAGUGUACAUGAUCCCAUGCCUAGGAUAUAGUAAGUUCUCAGUAGACGAUAGCUCUUACCACAUAUGCAGGCAACUAAAAGGUUCAUUCAUGAUCCCCCCCCUACAGCAUAAAUUAUUUCUAUGAGUGCUUGGAACCCCAAAUAUAUAAUUGAACACUCCCUAGAGAAGCUAACAUUUUGAGAGGGUUAGGACAGUAGUGAACUUUUAGCAGGGAAGUAUUAGGAAAACGGGCAGGUCACAGUGAGAAACUCAGGAGAUUUAGAACAUCAUAAGGUUCCCAGGAAAUGAGAGAAAGACUAAAAAGUAGGACUGGCUAUAUAUCCUUUCCCCAGAAAAGGUGGAGAAUUCUUUUUCCUCUUUCUCUUCCCUGUUGAACUAUAUAUGGGUUGUUGCUAGGACCCCAAACACAGGCCUGCAUCAUUGAUACCGUAUCUGCUCUCUGGCUGCGCAUUCAGUCACCUGCAGAAGUUAAAAAAAAAAAAAAAAAAAAAAAUACCCAUGCUUGGGCCUUGCCCUAGUCUCUCAAAUCCAGAUCUUUGAGUUGGUGAGAUCCAGCUGUAUAGGGCUAAGUAUACUUGUGAAGGCUAGCCUAGAAGCCUGCCCAUUCCAAGUUCUAAACAAGUGGGGACUUUUUAUAUGCAUGCACAUGUGCAUAUAUAGUUUUUUUUUGUUGUUUUUUUUUAAGUUGAUUUCAGAGAAGAAGGGAGAGGGAGAGAAACAUUAAUGAUGAGAGAGAAAAAUCAUUGAUUGGCUGCCUCCAGCAUGCCCCCUACUGGAAUUGAACCUGAGACCCUUCAGUUCUCAGGCCAUAUGCAGGUUCACCAAAGCUUGGUCCUUAAUUGAUUCAAUAGUUCCUCAAGGUGAGAAGAGUAGAAGAGAUGUUAUUGUCAAUGCUUUUAAGAUGGAGAAAUAAGCUUUAUUCACAAAUAAUUACAAAAUUUUCAAGACAUCAUAGGGGCAAAAAUUAGGAUAACAGUUCAGAGGAAGAACAAAGUUUUUCAUUACUGCCAUCAGGGAAGGCUUUUGGGAGGAAGUGCAAUGUGGACUUAAUAGUAAAGGAUUGGUAGGGCUUUGGACAAUGAGCAAGAGGGGAAAGGCAUUUCAGAAUGGUGGAAGCCCAGGGCAAUUAUAGGAACAACAGAUGGACCAACUGGGGAGAAUUGCAGCCCAUGCUAGGAACUUUGGCAAGUCAAUGCGGGUGUUGAAGAGGAGGAUGGCCUGGGUAGAGCUAUCUUUUAGGAAGCUGAAUGUGAUGGACGGUCCGCUGAGGAGAGAGGACUGGAAGCGGAUGUGUUUUCAUAGACACAUGUCUGCUGAAGAAAGGAGGCUGUGUGAAGGAGUGAGGGAACAGUACACAAUAGUUGAACAAUGAACAAUGGUGGUGGCAUGGCCCGGAGAGAAUGGGAAAUGGGAGAGGUAGCGGCUGGAUCAGGAGAAAGGAAACUCAUUCUUUUCCUCGACCACUGUUGUUCAGUGUCUACAUAUUACUCUAUAUAACCUACAAUAUCUAUGUUGGCCCAUUUCAAACCAUUGUUUGGGUUAUUCCUAGAAGAAAAACGCUGGAAAUUUUCUUUUUGAAAACUAUCUUUUUUUUUUUUCCUUUGAGAUUUCCCCCACUUACCCAGAAGUUAAGUACAGAAUACUGGAAAAAUUAAGAUAAGGUAUUUCUGUUGCAACCUAUUUAUAACUGCCGAUUCCUCCCGAACUAUUUCUAAAAACCUGGCAGUCGAAAGACUUCUCUGGAAAACCAUCUGCAGCUCUCACUUCCAUGGAUCUCUGUCUCCUUUGUCAGGCAGUCAUCUAAUGGCCCAGAUAAAAUGAGCUUGUUGGGAGAAUCCGAGUGCAUUUUCACUGGAGAACAGAGAAGUAUUUUGUUUAGAAAUAGGAAGGGUUUUGUCAUAAGUCAAUCCAUGUGGCUACAGAACUCUUCCAUCCAAAAAUUAAAGAAGGAAUGUGGGUGUGGAACAACUCUCUUGGAUUUGCCUGGAUUAGCCCUGGACUCAGAAUCUUGAGAAAGGAUAGUGAUUUAUGUUAUUUUUAGUUAAUAUAAAUAAGAAAAGUGAAAAGAAAUAUUAUGCCGUUAUGAUUUAGAAAUAAGGCUGAUUAGGCAAAAUCCUACAUGGGAGAAAUUGCAUGUGAUCAGUGAGAUUAGGGAUGAUACAUGGCUUUCCUUUAAGAAGUUUCCUCUACUUUAAAGAAACUGAAGAAUCUAUAUGGACAGAAAGAUGAUAAAAAGACAAUAGAACAAUAUUUAAAAUUUUUAUUUUAAGAAAGAUGCCUAAUCACAACCCUCAAACUACUGUUUUUAAUUUUGACAUUGCCUUAUUCCAUGUAUGUAUGUUUUUAUAUAGGUAUAAAUAAUAUCCAUAUAAUUAUGUAUUCUGUAAUGUGCACUUAAAAUGUAAUAAUCAUUUUCUUGUAUUUCUAUAUCAUGUUUAUAAUUGAAACUUAUUUAGUAUUAUAAAAUAUUAUAAUCUUUACAAAUCAUAAUUAUCAAGCAAUUCUCUAAUAUUGGAUUAUUAAAUUUUUUCUUUCUUUUUACUUCCAAUCGUCACCCGAGGAUACAUUUUUAUUGAUUUUAGAGAGAGAGGCAGGGAGAGAGAGAGAAAAAGAAACAUCGAUGUGAGAGAAGCAUCUAUCAGUUCCUCCCAUUCACACUCCGACCCGAGAUCAGACCACAACGUAGGUAUGUGCCCUGACUGGGAGUUGGACCCAUAACCUUUGGAGUAUGAGGCGAUACUCCAACUGAACCAUCCACCCGGCCAGGGCACAUUGUUUCUUGAUUUUCGGUACUAGAGAAACACUGCAUUGUGUAUCUUCUACCGAUGCCCUUUUGCUUUUAGUCAGUUAUUUCCCUAGAAUAAAUUCCUAGGAACAGAUUUAUUUAGCCAAAAGGUAUAAUAUCUUUAUGGUUCUUAUUGCAGUUCCUUUCAGAAAAGGACUACUUUCUGUAUCUCCUCAACACUCUAGUGAUAAUAAACCUAGAAACUAUACAACUUUUCUAUUUGACCACAAUUUUGAUUUUAGUUUUUAAUCUUAAAUUGACAAAAACUGUUACUCCCUUACAUUUAGCAUCUCAUGCAUACAUUUACUUCGGUCAUAUAAAUUAAAAAUAAAUUAAGUUCCUGAACUUAUAAUUACCUACAUAAGGUAUAUCCUUUAUUAUGUAAAAUAAACCCUACAUAUUAUCUUUUUUUUUCUUUACCAUGCCAGAAUGUUUAUAUCACUAGUUUUUUUAAACUGUAAAUCCCUAUAAAAAAAUCCUAAUUUUUCUUUUCUUCACAUAUGCUGGAUCAAUUCAAUCAUAUUUACAUACCUAAUUUGACUCCUAGUUUACUUUUAAAAAUUGCUAUGUGUGCAUACAUAUGUAUAUAUUUCUUUUGUUAGUUUUAAAAAGGAAAAAAAUCCACUUUUAUUUGAGCUGUUAUAUGUAGAUCUAGAAUAUUAAAAUGCAGUUUUCUGCAA